AUGUGGCUCUGGUGCGUGGUGCUGACCGUUCGGUCCACGGCAUUCACACUGCCUUGGCUGGCUCACCUGUUCGCGGCCGAUGUCCUUUUGUCCGCCCUGCUGCCACUUUCCGCUGUCGCUCCCGAUCUGGCGUACAACGCCUCCUCGGCCAUUGCCGCUUCGGUAUGGCACGGCAUCCAACUCAUCUUCACGCGCAUCAACCGCGCCAAGAUCGUGGUCUCAGGCGUGGGCAGGCUGCCGCGCGGCGAGAGUGCCAUUGUCGUGGCGAACCAUGUGGAAUGGGCCGACUUCUACAUGAUCCAGGAGCUCGCCAUCAAGUGUGGGAUGCUGAGCAGGUGCCGCUGGUUCGCGAAGCAGCAACUCAAAUGGGUCCCGUUUCUCGGCUGGGGCCUGUGGGCCAUGGGGUUCCCGCUCGUGAGCAGGCGCUGGACUGAGGAUCAGCGUGAGAUGGACCGAGUCUUUCACGGUAUCUUGGAGAGGAAAUGGCCUACCUGGCUCAUAGCUUACAGCGAAGCUACACGAUACACGGCCUCCAAGAGACAAGAAGCGGAGAUUUGGUGUCGCGAAAAUCAGAAGACUUUGGGCGAUCACCUUCUUUUCCCGCGCAAAAAAGGCUUUGUUGCAUCUGUCCAGAAACUACGCCGGGCGCCUCACAUGAAAGCUGUCUACGAUGUGACCAUAGCUUAUGGCAAGGGCACCAUCUUUCAAACGUCACCUCCUUCUUUCUGGCAAACGCUAUCUCAACCUCGCCUAGAUCGAAAGUGGCAAUUCUAUGUCCACGUCGAUCGUUUCGAGCUAAGUCAACUGCCGCAGACCGACGAUGACAUGGCGCAAUGGCUUGAGUCGAGAUGGGUCGAAAAAGGACGGCGACUUGAAAGCUUGAGACAACUCAUGCUUGAAGGCUCGCCUUGGGAGGCCGAUUCGUAG